AACUGUUGCCCUUUAUUUUACAAGUCUCUGUUAGGUACACGUUGGGCGCGACCGAAUUUACUGUGCUUUGCUCAAUAAUUACUAUUGUAUACUAUUUAGUAAUAAUCUUUUAGAGUGGACAUGCCCUUGUUGGGCAGAGUAGUGAAGUGUUAAGUGUAAAAAGUGAAAGCGGAUUCAUAUUGAUAAGAUCGCCGAAAAACAAGAUAUAACAAUGUUCUGGUUUACGGCGAUUCUAAUCGCAAUACCAUGCGCCCGAGCCCAGCUAACAGCUCAAUCAAGCUUAGCACCAGAUCUGAGGGAAUGCUACACGACGCCACAGCUAGUGGACAGAAACAACCUGCCGCCAGCCACCAUGCCCGUACUCAUCGAUAUCAUUCGUAAGAUAGAAGACAACCCUAACGUCAACGUCGACUUGAGACAACUCGCUGUUCUCCUACUUCAUACGUACAGACAAGAUGGUAUCGAAUUCCAUCAGCCCGAGGUAAUGUUAGGCGCGGGCUCAACAAUUCUUCCUUUCGCACCUACCUUCCAUUCAUUUUACAGACAUAGAUUAUUACUGACUAGGAUUAUUCCUGGAAACUUGCAAACUCUUAGCAAUACUACAGUUAACUCCGAAUUAAAGUGCGCUCUACAUCAUAUGCUCUCUACAACUGUAGACGCCCGUCUGCGAGGCAAUGAAAACAGCUGCAACCAAUUGUCUCAAUACCGCGCUCUGCGGACAGCGAGGGCCGUUACCCUCGUCGAAGAUGACGUUGAAAUUAUUGAUUUAGCUACAUUGAAAGCAGCAAACAAAAACGGUCACAUGAGACAUCACAAUCCGAAGGACGACGUUGAAUACACAGGCUUUGGUGAUGCGAAGUCCGAGCGUCAAGUGUUAGGGCAAAGUACCUGUCCGAUACUCGGCGGAGUGGUGAACACACGCUGGGGAGCCGUCUCCGCAGGACAUCUUAUAGCUGGCAUAGCUGCCGGUGCUGAACUGCAGCAAGUACCAGUCCUCGAACUAGCUAAGAGCAGUUUCCUCAACUACAAUAAUGUGCAACAGACUGUCACCUCUAUCUACCCUGCUACGCUGUCAGGUGAUUUAGCCGAAGCUGUGUUGAUUCAAGGAACAGAAAGAGGCAAUCCGUCAAUAUCUAUCGGCACAGCAGGAAACUGGAACAGUUCACAAGCGACCAGAUUUUACAUGUUGCAUAGCCGUAUCAAUGUUGAGAUGACUGACCCGGAGAUACGGGGCGAUAUCGACGGAUUCGUCCUCGGCACGAUUCUUUCGUCGAUACUUAGCGCUUCAAACACUCUGAAAUUGUCACAGCUUUUGGAUAUGUAUUAUACUCCGAGGAACGGAGUUUACAAUUCCAAUCUUCGUGCAUGCAACCGUCAGGCACUGAGUCAGCAGUACGUUACGUCAACUAACUUGGCGUCAGAGACCUACACGUUUGCCGCGGCUCUGGACACAAACAUACCUCUCAGAGGAACAAUCACCGGCGGUUUGGAGGACCUCGUUAAUAGCGCUGUCACUAAUUUCCAGACCUACGCUUCAAACAACUUAAAUGACCUGAACUGCGUCACAACGGAAGCGACCUCAGUAGACUAUCGCCUCAAAACCAACUUGUACAUAGUACUGGACGCCAUGUGGCAGUUUCAGGCCGUGUAUCCCGCAAUAUCUUACCUCCUCGACAACAUCGAAGUCAGCAAAUACGGCUCCAGUGUAACACUACUGAGCGCUUUCGACGGCAGCGUCAUCGUCAACAAAACCUUCUCAAUAUCUGAUUUCCAUACUAACUACACUUUAGGAAGGCAUCAGACUUUGCUCUCAGGAGUGAAUAUGGAAACAUCUUUGACAAACAUACGCAUAAUGAUGCACAAUGAAUUAGAAAAUGAAAGAACCAUGAACUACGUAGGUGGAAACUCAUCAGUUCUACUGUUCCUACUCAGCAGUGGUAACAUACAAAUCACACAAAAUGCCUUGGAGCAAGCUAGAAUUCUAAACGAAACCGUUCCAGAUCUAAGGAUUCUUUUUGCAACUGCGACGAAUCAAUUCGAUAAUUUGUGGAGUAUGGUACGAGACGUACACAAUGACAUUAAAACUGUUUCUUUAAAUACUGAAGGAACUAAUGUAGAAAUCACCAUGAACCCAGUUCUCGACAGGAUUGCUGAAGUUGGACGAAGGAUUAUCAACCCAACUUGCGGCUCCACAUACCCAUCAGACUCGACUUCGGGUACCAGACAAUUCGAAGAUUUCGUGGAACCUGGAUACGUCAACUUUUAUGCCAUAAGUCCGAAUUAUUUCUAUCAAAAUAAUAAUAACAGAAGAGUUCGUAUUUCACGCAGCGGCGCCGGAACUGGAAGUUUGAUUGUUUGCUUUUCGCGGGCCACGGCACAACCUAGACAAAAUGCUACUUUAUCCGGUCUCGACGAGGGUGCAGUAACCUGUCAAACUUUAGCCACAACAGGAAAUGUAGAAAUAGGUCUUCAGAACCCUUGCGAAGGAUACUGGACCAUUAAUUCUUGUCCAUUCUAUUACAUUUCCGUUCAAUCGUCAGUCGCGGCUUCAACAUCGCUCAGUGCUGUCUGUACAGAAAACGCCUGCAGAUUUCCUUACAACGUUAGAUACCAGGUGCAAAUUGAGGAGUUCGGCUGCUUCAGCAGUGCAGGCUCUCUAGGAGUUAGCGUUGCGUUAUUGCUGUCAGCAAUAUUGUACAAUUUAUUUAAUUCCCACUAGUUUAUUUAUGAAUAUAACCAAUUAGAACAGUUGUUACGCUUUGUAACACGAAUAAAUCUUAGUCAACGUUUAAUGUGACAAUACGCAUUUAAUUUUUUUAUAUAAAUUUAGUCGUAUACGAUAAUUCUAUACCACCUAAAAUAUUUUUUAAACCCAAUGCUAUUGGAAUACUUACUUGCUAACUUUGUUUUCACUGAUUUCCAUGGCCACAGCCUAAGUUUUUAUAUAUGUUUUCGUUCAACAUUUGGUACGAUAUAGGAAACGCACAAGAAAACUAUAUAUUAUAUUUAAAAAAACACGUCUCUUUGAUUCACUAUUUCUAUUCUCCUAAGUUUAUUAAAAAAUGUUAUUAUCAUAUUUGUCUCCUCUGCUAUUAGCUAAAGUGGCCUAGGAUUUAAUAUUGCCACGAAGAGAUAAAAUAUAAAAAAACAUAUGCUUAGAUAUGUUUGUAUUCGUAAUGUAAACGUAUAAUAUAUGCUUAGGAACAGGGUUAGCAAACUUUUGAUAAUUAAAAAUAAGUAAUUUAUGUUUAGUAUUAAUGUUGUGAUCGAAAAAUAAAAGCCUAUAAAACCUUUUUAAGUUUUA